CUCCUUCCCACGAUGCCCCGCUUCCGCCUCUCCGGCCCGGCGCUGGCCUCGCUCCUCCUCCUCCAGGCGGCGGGGCUCCUCCUCCUCCUCGGUCUCCGCGGCGGCCGUCUCCUCGGCGACGCCGACCCCGCCCCCCUGACCCCGCCCCGCGUCCACGUCCUCCUCCUCUCCUCCUGGCGCUCGGGCUCCUCCUUCCUGGGCCAGGCCUUCAGCCAGCACCCGGACGUCUUCUACCUCAUGGAGCCGGCGUGGCACGUGUGGACGUCCCUCCGGCCCGCGGGGGCGCGAACCCUCCGCAUGGCGGUGCGCGACCUCGCCCGGAGCCUCUUCCACUGCGACCUCUCCGCGCUGGAGGCGUACGCGCCGCCCCGCCCGAACAUAUCCCACCUCUUCAUGUGGAGCCACAGCCGGGCGCUGUGCUCGCCGCCGGCGUGCCCGCUAACCCCGCGCGGCGCGUUCAGUAACGAAACCGCGUGCCGCGCCCGCUGCGGCGCGGCGGGCCUCGACGCGGCCGAGGCGGCGUGCCGCGCCCACUCCCACGUGGUGCUGAAGGAGGUGCGCUUCUUCGACCUGGCGCCGCUCUACCCGCUCCUCCGCGACCCGGCGCUCGACGUCCGCAUCGUGCACCUGGUGCGCGACCCGCGCGCCGUGGCGCGCUCCCGCGAGCAGUCGGCUAAGGCGCUAAUGCGCGACAACGCGGUGGUCUUAGACCGCGCCGACGCGCUAAUCGGCGACCCGCACUACCGCGUCCUCCAGGAGGUGUGCCGCGGCCACCUCCGGAUCUACGAGGCGGCGACGGGCGCGCCGCCGGCGUUCCUGCGCGGCCGCUACAAGCUCGUCCGCUACGAGGACGUGGCCCGCGACCCGCUGGGCCAGAUCGCCGCCGUCUACGAGUUCGCGGGGCUGGCGGCCAGCCGGCGCCUCCGCGACUGGAUCUACGGCGUCACGCACGGGAAGGGGCGGGGCUCGCGGCGGGAGGCGUUCCAGAUCACGUCGCGCGACGCCGCCGACGUCUCGCGGGCGUGGCGCGCCCAGCUGCCGCACGACAAGGUGCGGCGGGUGCAGGAGGUGUGCGGCGCCGCCAUGGCGGCGCUAGGCUACCGGCCCGUGGCGAGCGAGGAGGAGCAGCGGCGGAUGGAGGUGGAGCUGGUGGCGCCGCGGGAGGGGUACCGCUUCGCGUGGGGGCCGGCGAAAACGGCGGCGGCGGAGGAGGGGGAGGAGGCCCGGCCGACGGAGGGAUGA